UGUCCCGUCACUCGCACGGUGCCAAAGUGAUGAGCGGAAGAGUCAAAGACCACCCAGCUCUUUCAGGGCGUUGCUGACAACGAUGCUGUCCAUGGCACCAAAACUCCGGCACUUCCCGGACUGCAAAUUCCGUUUUCCAGGUGGCCAGGCACCAGAACGUGCUUUUGGCCCCAAAGCACCGAGAGCCCUGCCCAGGAGGGUCCUGAUGCAGGGGACAGCUCACCUACGUCCUUAGCUGAUUCAGAUGCCACCAUGGUUCCCGCGUCUCUCCAGUCACGCUCCAGUGACAGCCAGUCCAAGGAUUUCACUCGUUUCCUGCCAUUCCAGCUGUCCAUGUCCAUCCUGGGGCUUUUGGAUCCAAAAUCCCUGGAUGCCUGUUCUGCUGUGAAUAGUCACUGGGAAUUCCUGGUCAGGCAGGUCCAGGAGGACAAGGAGUGUCGGAGCACAGUGCAGAAGGACCUCCUGCAGUUGCAGGAGUUGUGUCCUAGAAAAACCAUUCCAAGCUAUGCUAAAAGAGUCGAUGUGCAAAUUCCCCAGUUAAAUGAUGAGGGUGAGGUCAUCGAAGUGAAGGACAAGGAGCAGAACAAGAGACGUAAAUCGAAGACAGAGGAUUUCGGUCUGCACACAGCCUAUCAGGAAAUGAGAACUCUCAAGGUCGAGCUGGAAGAGAGGAAUGUCUUCUGUGGCUCCUACAAGAUCCGUGUCCUCAUGGAGCAAUCAGACAGGACAAGGAUAAUCCAUUACAGUGGUGGGGAUUUGGUGGUCACUGCCUCUGCCAACAGAAAAGUGAGGCUGCUCCGUGUGCCAGGAGGGAAGGAAGUGCCUCUUCUGCUCCAAGGCCACGCUGGGCCCAUCGGAGCUCUCUGCCUCUGUGAGGACAAAGGGCUCCUGGUCAGCACCAGCUUUGAUCUCAGCAUCAGGUACUGGAACAUUCCCAGCGGCGCCUGUGUGAGAACCUUCACUGGUCACUACGGGACCAUCACCUGCCUGGAUUCCCACGAGGAGCACUUUGUGUCAGGAGCUGGGGACGGGAUGGUGAAAGUGUGGAGCCUGAAGAGUGGGAAAUGUGUCAGGACUCUGAUGCACAACAGCCCUGUGUGGGCAGUGAGGAUGGACGGGACCCACGUGGUCAGUGGGGGCCACCAAGGGCUGGUGAAGGUCUGGAGUGCUGAGACAGGGGCUCUGAUCAAGACGUUAGAGAGGCACCAAGGCCCAGUUCUCUGCUUGUCCUUUGACCAGUGGCACCUCGUCACAGGGAGCAGCGAUGGAUAUGCCCUGGGAUGGAGCAUGUUGGGAAAACUUAGGAGAUGCCUGAUAGCUUUCUUCCAUCCCAAGGAAGUCCUGUCCCUGGAGUUCCUGUACCUCAGAGUCAUCAGUGGCUGUGCUGAUGGACACAUUCGGAUAUUCAACUUCCUGACUGGAACCUGCCUCAGAGUGUUGGAGCCCACCAGCAGCGGGGACCCCCUGUCUUCUCUCUGUGUUGCAGGAAACAGGAUGGUGACCAACUCCCCCAGCAGAGUGGUGCUGCUGCAGUUCGAGGAUGUGGUGUGGGACUAUUCCCUACCCGCUGACAGAGAGGUGGUGAAGGACAAGAAGUCCCGGAGAGGGAAGCGCCAGGGUGCCAGCGCAGAGCAGCGACGAGCUCAGGAGCCUCAGGACAGGUCCCCGGGGUCUCGCCAGCCAUCAAAGAGCCGUGGAAGACCCAAAAGUGGUGACGCCGAACAGGGCCCUGCUCCCCCUGCACCUGAGGAGGCAGAAGCCACUUUGCAGCCUGAGCUGCCCAAGAGAGACCCAAGCUGUCCAAUGUCCCCUGACAAGUUCCUCUUAACAAUCAGCACCCUGCAGAGCUCCUGCAAGCCAGCCCGAGUCAGCUCCAGCACUGAGCUCUCUGCAAAGGCCAGGGAAGCACAGCAACACCGCCCGAGGAAGGUGCCAAUGUCCAAAACGCCCCUGCAGCACAAAGAGGAGCAGGCAGCCCAGCUCCAGCGUGCCAGGCUGCACAGUGAUUCUCUGACCGUGACAAAAAUCUCGACACCCUUUGAAACCAAAAUGCUGCGGCUCAGGCUGCAGAACUCCUUGCACAGCCCCACUGUGAAAUCCUCCAUCCCUGCUCCCUGUGUUGUACGUCCCAAGUUUUGUGGCUCACUGCGAGAAAGGAAAACUCCCAGUGGCCAUGGGAAAGAUACUCCUGGCCCCAAAGAUGGGGAUCAGCUCAUCGAUCUCUGCACAGCUUCCUCGGAGCUGAUCCAGCCAACACCUGGCACAGCUGCACAGAUCAGAAAUGAAGUUCCCAGGGGAAUAAAGCCCCUAAGCUCCUGCCCCUAUGGUUCCCGCAGGGACAGUGGGUUCAGGCUUCUGACAGCAGAGCAGGAGGUGCAUGAGGCAGCUGAGGCAGCUCAGCAUCAGGCACAGCAGGCAAAGCCCACGGAAGCUGAGGAAAGAGCCAGAAGGAAGGCCUGGCUAAGGAAAAUUAAAGGCCUACCUGUGGAUUCCUUUACUGGGGAGAGGAAAACACCUGCUCCAGAACUUGGGCAUAACACAUUUAUCUGAGGUGAUUCCUGAGUCCGCAGCAGCCACAACCUGGGAACUCUGGUGUCCCGCUAAGUCUGCCAUGUGGUUUGAAGUAUAAAAUAAAGAUGUAUUCAUUUAUAUAUAUUUAAGUA